GAUCGAAGUAAAAGACAAGACGACAGAAAGCAACAGAUGAGAGAAAAGGAGGAAGAGACGAGGACUCAAGCCAAGACGACAAAGACGAGAAAGAGGAGGACGAGAGGGAGGGAGACAAACACAACAAGGUGAAAGUCAGAAGGAGCUCCGGACUGAGAGGACGACUCACACAAACACACAACAUCAUGGCUGAUGAAUGACUGGACGCUGUUGACCAACUCUAACACACAAAAACACACACACAGACACACACAAACAAACACACCAUGAGUAUGUCGUCAGUGGGCUCAGUCCCCACUCCUGCUGAUGACGCGACCACGCCCCCACCAAUGGCCACACCUCCUCGCAAAGCCUCCGUCCGCCUGCAGGAAAGAAAUGGGUCACAUGAACAAUCAUCGUGCUCUUUAUUGAUUGGCCCUUUUGUAGGCGGGGCUCAAACCUCUCGCUGUUAUUGGAUGUGAGCAGCCUGGGGGCGGAGCCCAUGUGCUCCGUCUCUACUCCGAAGGAGGUGUGGCUUCAGCUGCUUCACACAUCGUCACGACCUCUCACACACUUGAUGCUGCAGCAGGCUGCCGAGGACACAAACACUCUGAAUGCAGAGUAUCAGAAGAUCCCCCCGAACUUUGUGAGUGCUGCAGAGCUCGAUGUUCCAGGUCACAUGAUCAAAGACAGAUACAAAACCAUCCUGCCCAACCCUGAGAGCCGGGUAGUCCUGAGGAGCCCAGAGGAAGAGUCGGGGCCAGACCGCUACAUCAACGCCAACUACAUCAGGGGUUACAGAGGAGCUCCAAGGGCCUACAUUGCCACCCAGGGGCCGAUGCUGCACACUGUCGGGGACUUCUGGGACAUGGUGUGGCAGGAGAGGAGCAGCAUCAUUGUCAUGGUAACCAGACUGAAGGAGAACAACGAGAAGUGUGAGCUGUACUGGCCCCAGCUGAGGGAGAGGAGGAGGAGGAGCAGGCUGAAGGAGGAGGAGGAGGAAAAGGAGGAGGAGGAGGAGGAAGAGGAGAAGGAGGAUGAAGAAGGAGAGACGGGACAAUUCGGCAGAUUCCUCCUUACAGUGAAAGACAGCCGAGAGAAAGACGGGUUCACCGUCACUGACAUGGAGAUCCAGCUGUGUUCUGAGCGUCGUCCCAUCAGACACUACUGGUUUACUUCUUGGCCUGACCACCACAUCCCACAAUGCACUGCUCCUCUUCUGAGAAUGGUGGAGGAGGUGGAGACAUACAGCAAGUCCUUCCUACCACUGGGCUCUCAGCCAAUCACAACUCCCGCCCUCAGUCCUGGACCAAUCGUCGUCCACUGCAGUGCAGGUAUUGGGAGGACAGGUUGUUUCAUUGUCAGCAGUAUCGGCGUUCAGCAGCUCAGAGACACUGGACAGGUGGACAUCCUGGAGACAGUUUGUCAGCUUCGACUGGACAGGGGUGGAAUGAUACAGACCACAGAGCAGUACCAGUUCCUGUAUUCCACCCUGUCCCAAUACAGCUUCCAGUUACAGGAGCAGAACCAGCAGAACCAGAACCAGCAGAACACAGAGGACCAGGUCAGCAGACAGCUACAAAACCUGCAGCUGUCAGAACAGGAAGGACUGAGACCACACAGAACCUGAAGAACCAAAAGGUCAGGGACACACCAGGGACAUUCAGGAGGACACAACAAGGAUUAUUACCAGAAUCAGGAAGAUGGAAACAAGAUAACCUAAAGACGUCAAAUGGACUUCAGGAUCAGAACCACCGGAACCCAAAGACCUGGUGGACUCACAGUUUGGUAAAGCAGCAGCAGUGUUACAGUCACACAGGAACCCCCAAAACUAUUUUGUUCCAGUUCAAUGAGAUCCCUAAGAACCCAGACCACCAGGAUCACACUGGACUGAACCAUGUAGGAAAAACAACCGAUGGAAUAAUGUCUGAUAAAAAUUAAAAUCUGAUGAAUUCAAAUAAAAAUUAAAGAUGAAUUUGC